AUGGCCCUCCAGCAGCACGAUAGCGUUUCGUCAGCCUCGCACAAUCCCCGCUCGAGCCAUAUCGGCCAAAUCGCGUCCUCCUCGUUUCGUCGCGAGGCCGCUCGCACCUUCGAGACCAUCGACCUCAACAAAGACGGAAAAAUCUCCGCCCACGAGCUCGCAACUCUUCUAUCCCGGCUGGAAAAUGCUCCCGCUCCUGCUGCGUCGAAGCCUGGACUGUUCGGUAGUUUUUCGCUCGAGGAGGCGGCAGGCGGUGAUUUGAUUGGCUUCGCGGAGGAGGUAAUUAGAGAGGCUGACGUGGACGGCGAUGGAAUGAUCGAUUUCGAGGAGUUUCUGCUCUCGGCGCGCGCAGGGCCGUCCCUGUUGGGCGAGUACUUCGUCUCAGUUCCAUCCUCAGAUUAUGGUGAAGAGGAGGAAUCAGAAUCGGAGGGUGGAAGUGACUCAGAAGAGGACGUGAGGGAAGGGGAUUUGUUCCGCGCGUUUGAAGUUUUUGAUCGUGACAGCAAUGGGGUUAUUACUGCGGAGGAGCUACAGUUCGUCAUAGGUGUUCUUAACGGGGAUGAUUUGACGAUGGAAGACUGCAAACGGAUGAUAAAGAGGGUGGACACUAAUGGGGAUGGAUGUGUGGAUUACAAUGAGUUCAAGACCAUGAUGGCUGGAAUCUUCGACUGA